CCACACUUUUCUAUGCCUCAGCUUGCAAAACUCCACUCAUUUACCGUGUGAAUCAGAUCUGCCAUUCUUUGUUAAAAACUUUCAAUUCUUCAGGGUGUUGUGUUUUAUCUCCGCUGAAUGCCGAGGAAAAAUAGGAAGAGGACUUCUAGUUCAUUUGAGAUACUUGGCAUUUCAGUUACAAUAUGCCACAUCGGACUUUGAAUUGCCAUUAUCCUACCUCUUGAACCUUGAAACCCUUAACCUUCGGUCGGCUAAUUACUUUUCCUGGAAAACCAUUAUGUUGCUUCAAGAUUUGUUUAAGAUGGUUAAGUUGAGGCAUCUACAUUCUAAAAGAGGGGUAUUCCAAUAUCAUCCUCACAACCAUAGUCCUGACCGUUCAUCUAAGUUGGAAAGCCUACAGACCUUGCAUUCAAUAUGUCCUUGUGAGGAGUGCCGAAAUUUCUUGCUAAGGACUCCCAAUCUUCGGAAGCUUGGUUUUUAUGGAGAUCUAAUAUCCAAUGAUUUUGUUUUGAUGUUCCCCGACCUAGAGUACUUGGAAUACCUUGAGACACUCAGUUUUUGCCAACGCGGCUUUUUGAUGAACAGGGCAACUACCCUUCCGCCAGUGGUGAAGUUUCCUCGAACUGUUACGUGGCUAACUUUGAAGAAUACGUUCUUAAAGUGGGAGGAGCUAUCAAUCCUCCAAACCUUGCCGAGCCUUGAGGUUCUCAAAUUAAUCGAGAAGGGCUGUCAAGGACCAAUUUGGAACACAAAUGAACUUGAGGAGGGGUUCUCUCAACUCAAGUGCUUGAGGUUACAAGAUCUUCACAUCGAAGGUUGGAAUGCUUCAGAAGAUCAAUUUCCGAGACUUGAGGUAAGGAAGAGCCGUCGCUCCGCGGAGGAAUCUGCCAGGGAGAUUCUGGAAGAGCGAAGAAAUACAAGAGGAGAUGAUGGUUGCAUAAAUCUCUUGGCCAUAUCUAAUUAUUUUAAAUUGGACGACGACAAAAGUGGCUAUCCAUGCAUUUCUCAUACACACCGGUUUUAAUUACUGUCUAUGCCAGUAGCCGAGUAGUCUUCUGUAUUACCAGCAAAUUUUUAAUUAUUGGCAAUUGUCCCUACUGUCGAUCUCUUUUUUUUAUCUCCUCUUCGAUCUUCACUUGGAAGUUGGUUUAUUUGAUAAACCACCAUUAGCCUAUGCUCUAACCUCAUCAAGGGUUGAAACGACAGUUAUGUAUCGAAAGGCAAGUAAUCAGAUCAAACACUUGCAGAUAAUAAUCACAAUCAAGCUCUCAUAUUUUGGUUCAUUGGGUCUGGAAGCAUAAGAGACUACUAUCUCAACAAUCUCCAAUUAUAUAUAACACCA